GAAUAUUAUGCGAUAAUAUUUUACGUUUUAGCAUGCAUUUCAUGAGACAAUGACAAAAUGUCAUAAUUCAAUGAAAGCCGUGUUUUGUCGAUUGCUUUUAAACAAAACUAAACUCUGUUAUAUUCUAGCAUUUGUUAAGUGUAUCUGAUUAGAUAAGUCGAUAUAGUGGAAAGUACUUGGAAAUCUUGUGUUAAAAAAAAAGAAAGAGACACAAUGGUUGUUACUCCAGAGUUGCCAUCUGUUCCAGCACCUUUAAAAAAUAUUCAACAAUAUUUAAAAAUAGCUUCAACGCAUGAUCAACGUGAUUGCGUUGUUAGUUAUUGGUGUCGACUUUAUGCUCUUCAAACUGGCUUGAAAUUGUCAACUAAAACUAGCGAAGAAACAAGUUUUUUAUUGAAAUUGAUGAAUUGGUUAGAAACAACAAAAAAAGAAUUACAUGAUAAUGAAGCUAUCACCAACGAUGUAGCUGCGCAGGCACAUUUAGAAAAUUGGGCAUUGAAGCUUUUUUUAUAUGCAGAUAAAAGCGAUAGGGCUUCAAACUUUGGAAAAAAUAUUAUACAAACAUUUUAUACUGCAGGAUUACUUUAUGAUGUUUUAACAGUAUUUGGAGAGCUUACAGAUGAAGCAGUACAAAACAGAAAGUAUGCCAAAUGGAAAGCUACUUAUUUACACAACUGUAUAAAGAAUGGUGAAACUCCUGUACCAGGACCAAUAAAAAAUGAAGAAGAUGAUGAUAUAAAUGAAUUUUCAGAGAAAGUUAAUCCUAAUUCACAUAGUAAUUUACCUAAUGAUGAAGACAAUACCUCAAACUUAGAUGCUUCUAGUCCAACUGAUGUCAACAUAUUCAAUCCUAUAUCUACUGCAUCAGAAAAUGAAGGAAAUGGAAAGACUACAUGUAACCUUUCAGAUUUCAAAACACCUAUAAAAGCAGAGAGUGGACUUACAUUAUCAACAGAACAAGUAACUAAAGCUCAAAAAUAUAUUAAAUGGGCUGGAAGUGCUUUAAAUUAUGAUGAUGUCCUUACUUCAAUUUUAAAUCUUCAAAAAGCAAUACAUUUGUUAACAACUGGUCAAGAUCCAGCAUAAUAUAUUAAUUCCAAGUGCCUAAUAAUACAUUAGGUUCUAAUGUAUAGAUUUUAAAUUUAUAAUUUUAGUAUAUGAAUCCUUUACUUGCUUAUUAAUGUUACAAAAUAUAAAUUGCAAUGUAGUGUUAAAUAAUAGUUGUAGAAAGACUAAACAAAUUAUUACUAUAAAUUGGUUAAGAAUAUCUUUCUGCAUAAAUGUAAUUUACGAUUUCAUUGUUUAAAUAAAUAAAUCGUAUCACA